AUGUCUACGAAGAAUUGUUCGUAUAUUCUGGCUAACACCAUCAGAAACGAAGAUCUGCUACACCUGACCGAACAAAAGAGGGUUCAAAAUGAAAUUAAGACCAGAAAGUGGGGUUGGAUAGGUCACACACUCCGAAAAAAUAGUUCCAGUAUUGCAAAGACUGCCCUCCAGCCAGAAAAACUAACGAAAUAUAAUUGUUCCGGAACGAUAGCAGAUUUCGCUGUAGCGAUGUUAUGUAAUUUGGACAAACCAGUAAUAUCUUAUCAAAACGCGGCAAGUUGGGGUUAUUUUAAUUGUCGAACUUCUGAAUGGAAUACGGAAUUGUUAACAAAUGCCAGUUUUCCCGUUGAGUUAUUACCGGAAGUCCGAGCUAGCGGCGAAAUUGCUGGACUAUUAGCCGGGAAUUGGCACAGCGUGCCAAAAGGAACUCCAAUUGGUAAGUUUGUUAAUGAACACAAUAUAGGUCUUCCAAAAAUAACUUCCGAAAAAUUAUUCCACGAUUUAUAG